AUGGCCCCAACUUCAAGAAUACUUAAUAAUAAUCAUCGUAAUAGUAGUUUUUCUCCAACUAGAUUAAUAACAGAAAAUUAUAGUGCUGAUGGCCAUAGUAAUGACAAUAAUAAUGAAGCGGUAACAUCUUCACGGUUAACCAGAAAUUCAUCGUCACAUAAUCGUCAUUAUCAACAACAACAACCACAAAAUUUUUAUAACAUUCCAUCACCUACAACGUCACCACCACCACCAUCACAUUUACCAUAUCAUCCACAACAACAAUAUUAUCCGCAACGAUCACAACACCCGACACCUCCUCCUAUGUUAACUACGCCAAAUCCAUUCACCAACGACAAUUAUCCUUUUGUACGACCAACUCAAUUUAAUUAUGCGCCUAGGAGUCAAAUGGGUUUGUAUUCGCCUAAUGGUAGAUUGAAUGGAGCUCAAAAUAAACAGUACAACAGACCCAUGGAUCAUACAAAUCUUUAUAGCAAUUAUAAUAUCAAUAAUGUGCAGAAAGUUAAUAAUGUGAUGACGGGUCAAGAUAAUUCUGGUAAUGGAAAUGUCGAAUCCAAUGUUGCUGGAAGCAGUGGAGAUGACAAUAAUAAUGCAGAUAAUAAUAAUGCAAAAUCAUUGGUAAGAAAUAAUUCAAAAGAAGCUGACGGAACAGCAGAAAAACCAAUAACAUCAAAUUUAUCAACAUCAUCGUUAACCAACCAUUAA